AUGGCGCUUUUAGUAUUUGCCUUCCUAAUCUUCUUCUUUGUUGGGUCGAAUGCCCAGCUCCGGACUUCUUUUCUCUUUAACGAAUUCAACGAAAGCGGUUUAAUUUUGCUGCAGAGCGCUUCGAUCAAGUCCAAUGUGCUGAGGCUAACUGAUCAGUCGAUGAAUGCGGUGGGGCGUGCUCUGUUUGAGGAUGCUCUGCAUUUGAAGACUAAUAAUUCAAUCUCAUCGUUCAGCACCACAUUCGUCUUCUCCAUAGUACCUGCUACUAAUAAUCCCGGACAUGGACUAACUUUCCUGAUAUCCCCUUACAGAUCCGCAGUUAGCGCAUCUGAAAUUGGCUAUAUUGGUUUGUUGAAUGCGUCUAGUGAUGGAAGAGAAGAUAACCAUUUAUUUGCAGUCGAAUUUGAUACACAUCUCAACCAUUGGAAUAAUGACAUCGAUGCCAACCACGUCGGAGUCGAUCUCAACACCAUCAAUUCUUCAGUGUCUAAGACUGCAGGUUAUGAAAUUGGUGAACAGUUUGAGGAAUUGAAAAUGGCAAGUGGGCAGAACAUUCAAGCAUGGAUUGAUUACGAUGGUCAUCAGCACAAUCUCAAUGUUACCAUUGCCUUAGCCGGGAUGGCGAGGCCUCUGAAGCCGCUGAUUUCUAUGCAAAAAUUUGAUCUUGGGGACAUCUUCAAGGAGGAAAUGUAUGUGGGAUUUUCUGCAGCUACAGGACGUGAUGCUGUUGAAGAUCACUACAUUCUGGCUUGGAGCUUCAGCACGGACGCCAUGGCACAACCUCUAGAUCUUCUCCAUCUUCCUUCGUUCAUACCCAAGACUUCAAGAAAGCCAUCCGUAGGACUUAUAGUUGGUGUUUUCAUGGGUUCACUCUUUUUAGUUGUUAUGGCUAGUCUGGUUGCAUGCUACUGGUCGAUAAAGAGAAAUCUUGGAGAUGCUGUGGAAGAAUGGGAGGUGGAGUUCUGGCCCCACAGGAUUCCCUAUCAAGAAUUGAGAACCGCCACAGAUGGAUUCAGUGACGAGAGAUUGUUGGGUAGUGGAGGUUUUGGGAAGGUAUACAGGGGAACUCUGCCCAGCACAGGACUUGAAGUUGCCAUAAAACAUUUGACCAGAGAUCUCCACCAAGGAAUGAAAGAUUUUGUUGCUGAAAUCUCGAGCCUUGGGCGUCUGCAACACAGAAAUCUUGUUCGGCUUCAAGGAUGGUGUCGGCACAAGAAUCAGCUCUUUGUUGUUUAUGAUUACAUGCCAAACAGGAGCCUGGAUCGAUUCAUAUUUGGGAACCCAGAGACAGUUCUUGGAUGGUCGUCAAGAUAUAGCAUUCUCAAAGGAGUGGCCACUGGCUUGUUGUAUCUCCACCAAGAAUGGGAAUGGGUAGUUGUGCAUAGAGACCUAAAGUCUCAAAACAUUUUGCUUGAUUCACAGUUCAAUGCAAAGUUGGGAGAUUUUGGGCUUGCCCGUUUGCAUGACCACACUCAGAAGGCCCCAACGAGUGGUAUUGCAGGGACCUUGGGUUACAUUGCACCGGAAAUCAUUGCCACGGGAAAAGCCACCGUAAGCACAGAUGUAUUCAGCUUUGGUAUAGUUUUGCUGGAGGUUGCUUGUGGAAGAUGGCCUGUGGAUGAAUCUGCCGAAACUGAGAAACAAAUCUUGGUGGAGUGGGUGAGGAAGUUAUAUGUCGAGGAGAGGAUAAUGGAGGCGGUGGAUACAAAGCUUGGGGGACAAUAUAAUGGUGGAGAGAUGGAGAGAGUGCUUAAGUUGGGAGUUUUGUGUUCCCAUCCUCAACCAGAAUGCAGGCCUGACAUGAAACAGGUGUUACAGAUAUUGGAUGGACAAGCUCCAAUUCCACUUGUUCAUAUUGCAGCUGUAAAUAGGACGUUCCUUAUUCCAGAAGCCAAGGAGCUCUCUGGUGCCAAGUGUUCAGUGAAUAGUGCAGGUUCCAGUCCUCUCACUGCUCGAUACUUGGUGAGCCUUAUGCUUUUAGGUAUACAACAGGGUUGGGGUAGAGGUGCAGCAGAUCCAGGGAUGACAACAGAGUAUGAUGCGUGGUUUGCUAGGCAUAGGCCAGUGCCUUUGACUGAUCCUGCUCUUCUGAUUACAACACAACAGAUUCAGUAUCCUAGACAACGUGAGGAUAGCGAUGAUUCUUUUGAGUCAUCGAGCAGUGGGAGUGGAGGUGAUGAUGAGGAUAUGCUGGGGCUAGAGGAUGUGCUUGCUGUAGAGGGUGGGAUAGGACUGGUUGGUGAGGAGGAUGAGCUGCAGACUAUUAGAGCGCAGGUCCAGAGUUUGGAGGAUGAGGUCACUAGACAAGAUAUCGAGCGAGAGACUUACCAUGCAGAUUAUGGUGCCCUUAAGGCUGAGCGAGUUCGUCUCCAGAGGGAGAGAGAUGAGGCAGUGUGGAGAUGUUAG